AUGGCCACCACCGCGCAGUACUUGCCGCGGGGCCCCGGCGGCGGAGCCGGGGGCACAGGACCGCUCAUGCACCCGGAUGCCGCGGCGGCAGCGGCGGCGGCCGCGGCCGCCGAGAGGUUGCACGCGGGGGCCGCGUACCGCGAAGUGCAGAAGCUGAUGCACCACGAGUGGCUGGGCGCGGGCGCGGGCCACCCAGUGGGCCUAGCGCACCCCCAGUGGUUACCCACGGGAGGCGGCGGCGGCGGCGACUGGGCCGGCGGCCCGCACCUGGAACACGGCAAGGCGGGAGGCGGCGGCACCGGCCGAGCCGACGACGGUGGCGGAGGCGGCGGUUUUCACGCGCGCCUGGUGCACCAGGGGGCGGCCCACGCGGGCGCGGCAUGGGCGCAGGGCGGCACGGCACAUCACUUGGGCCCCGCCAUGUCUCCGUCGCCGGGGGCCGGCGGGGGCCACCAGCCCCAACCGCUGGGGCUGUACGCGCAGGCGGCCUACCCCGGGGGCGGCGGCGGCGGCCUGGCCGGGAUGCUGGCGGCGGGCGGUGGCGGUGCCGGGCCGGGCCUGCACCACGCGCUGCACGAGGACGGCCACGAGGCGCAGCUGGAGCCGUCGCCUCCGCCGCACCUGGGCGCCCACGGACACGCACACGGACAUGCACACGCUGGCGGCCUGCACGCGGCGGCGGCGCACCUGCACCCGGGGGCGGGCGGCGGUGGCUCGUCGGUGGGCGAGCACUCGGACGAGGACGCGCCCAGUUCGGACGACCUGGAGCAGUUCGCCAAGCAGUUCAAGCAGCGGCGCAUCAAGCUGGGCUUCACGCAGGCCGACGUGGGGCUGGCGCUGGGCACGCUGUACGGUAACGUGUUCUCGCAGACCACCAUCUGCCGCUUCGAGGCCCUGCAGCUGAGCUUCAAGAACAUGUGCAAGCUCAAGCCGCUGCUCAACAAGUGGCUGGAGGAGACCGACUCGUCCAGCGGCAGCCCCACCAACCUGGACAAGAUCGCGGCGCAGGGCCGCAAGCGCAAGAAGCGCACGUCCAUCGAGGUGGGGGUCAAAGGCGCGCUCGAGAGCCACUUUCUCAAGUGCCCCAAGCCCUCGGCGCACGAGAUCACAGGCUUGGCCGACAGCCUGCAGCUGGAGAAGGAGGUGGUGCGGGUCUGGUUCUGCAACCGGCGGCAGAAGGAGAAGCGCAUGACCCCGGCUGCUGGCGCCGGCCACCCGCCCAUGGACGACGUUUACGCCCCCGGCGAGCUGGGGCCGGGCGGGGGCAGCGCGUCGCCGCCCUCGGCGCCCCCGCCGCCCCCGCCGGCUGCUCUGCACCACCACCACCACCACACACUGCCGGGCUCCGUGCAGUGA